AACGGUUGCAUCUCUUGUCCAGUCUAAUAAUGUGUGUAGUGAAAGCUCUAUCGAGAAGUGGAGGAUUAAUACUAGCAAGCACCGCACACUAGAAACCUUGCUCCCACCUAAUACGAGGCCAAGUGUACCACUAACACCGAUUCACAUUCGACACACGCAGCCAGUGAAAGGGUAUAGAAAUGAAAAAGAAUUACACAAGUCCAUAUUGGAACACUCAUACACACACAAAUCACUUGUUGACACACCGCAACACAACAAAGGUACACCACAUUCACGACUAAGCAAAAUAAGCACAAGACACUCCUCGACGAAGCGUAAAAGCAGCUCAUCACCUGCAACAGUGGCAAGCGUCAAAGGGCAUAAACCCUUACUCACAUUAUUCUUCAAUUUCUAACACACGAGACCAGAGAUUACACAUAGACAUACAAAUCAAUGGCACCACAUACAAUGCACUAGUAGAUUGAGAAACACAACGCUCAUACAUGGAUCGCAGUGUAGUAUCUAAACUAUACUUGUCAGUAAAAGCACAACCCGGGUACAUACAGCUAGAACAAUCCGAUGCACGAGUACAACGUACAGGUUCCACAGAAGUAUGUGUUACCAAUUACGGCAGUAAAAAGACAUCAAACUGCUUUGAGGUACUCGUCUUCCCAGUCAGGAAAUCAAUCCUUUUAGGUAUGGACAUUCUACCAUAUUUAGGCAUACUUAUAGCGGGGAUGAUCAAUCCACUAAUACCAACAGAUGCCAAAUGGGAACCACUUCUCACACCACAUGAAGAAGAUCUUGAACAUGAUCAAGUUGGAUUCAGAGUAUCACUCUGGUAUCUAUUAGACCAGAACGGCCAGAUCCCACCAGAUGUACACUGCAAUUUACCAGGAUCAGUUGUGGAUAUACCGAAUCAAAAAGUCAAAGCCAAGAACAUUCGUCACGCUAAAGUUUAACCAAGUCAAAAUGUCAAAGACAAGAACAUUAGUCACGCUAAAGUAAACUUUGUUCCACACAAAAGAGUAC